CACCCGAACCGAUAACGCCCCUUUAGAGAGGCGGGUUCAUAGGGGCGGGAAGCGGCGAGGAUCUUAUACGCUCCGUCGCCACAUUUUACGCGCAGCCGGCAGCGCGGUCAGAGCCACGAACAGCAGGUCACACAUGGCGAAAGGCGCCGUUUUCCUGCCCUGAGGUUGCUGGUCUAUAGCAGUUCUCCGCUCUUCCUUGCCCGUCUCUGCUGAGGUAGCCGUCCAGACCGAGCGGACCAUGGGUGCGGACGGCGACGCAACGUCGACAAACUCCAUGCGGCUGAAGCAGGAAAUCUCUCUGCUCCACGGGGUCUGCCUCAUCGUGGGCAAUAUGAUCGGCUCUGGCAUAUUUGUCUCCCCGAAGGGAGUCCUACUGCACACAGGAUCCUUCGGCCUGUCCCUGGUGGUGUGGGUUAUUGGGGGCAUCUUCUCAGUUUUCGGGGCAUUGUGCUACGCCGAACUGGGCACCACCAUCCGGAAGUCGGGCGCUAGCUACGCGUACAUCUUGGAGUCCUUCGGGGGUUUCCUGGCCUUCAUCCGCCUGUGGACGUCGCUGAUGAUCGUGGAGCCCGCCUGCCAGGCUGUCAUCGCCCUCACCUUCUCCACCUACCUGGUCCAGCCCUUCUACCCCACGUGUUUCGCCCCUUAUGCUGCCGUGCGACUCAUAGCUGCCCUCAUCAUAUCCCUCUUGACCUGUGUCAACUGCAUGAAGGUGAAGUGGGGGGCCAUCCUGCAGGUGAUCUCCACGGUGGCCAAGGUCUUGGCGCUCAUUGUCAUCAUUAUUGCAGGGCUGGUCAAGCUAGGUCAAGGCAAGGUGGAAAACUUUGAGGAGUCAUUUCAGAACUCCAAGGUGGACGCCGGGAACUUGGCCCUCGCCCUGUACUCUGCAUUGUACUCCUACUCUGGGUGGGACACCCUCAACUUCAUCACCGAAGAGAUCAAGAACCCAGAGAGGAACCUUCCGCUGUCGAUUGCAAUCUCCAUGCCCAUUGUCACAGUCAUCUAUAUCAUGACCAACAUAGCCUAUUACACGGUCAUGGACGUGGACACGGUGCUCAACAGCGAAGCUGUCGCCGUCACGUUCGCUGAUGACGUUCUGGGUUAUGCCAGAUGGCUGAUUCCGGUUUCUGUGGCCAUUUCCUGCUACGGUGGUUUAAACUCCUCGAUAAUCGCGGCUUCCAGACUCUUCUUCGUGGGCUCUCGUGAGGGCCAGCUCCCUAAUUUCCUCUGCAUGAUCCACAUCAAGCGCUACACUCCCAUUCCCGCUUUGCUUUUCAACGGAGGAAUGUCCCUCAUAUAUCUGUGUGUGAAGGACGUCUUCCAACUAAUAAACUACUUCAGCUUCAACUAUUGGCUGUUCAUUGGCCUCUCCAUUGCCAGCCAGAUCUACUUGCGUGUCAAGGCUCCUGAGAUGCCUCGUCCAGUCAAGCUGAGCCUGUUUUUCCCAGUCGUCUACUGCAUAUGCAGUGUGUUCCUGGUGGUGGUGCCUCUCUACAGCGACACCAUCAACUCACUAGUGGGUAUCGGGGUGGCCCUCUCUGGAGUGCCAGUCUACUUCCUCUGCGUGUACCUGCCAGCCACUUCCCGGCCUGCUUUCCUGGGCAAGCUUCUAGGCUUCAUCUCGCUCACCACCCAGAAGCUGUUUCUGUGCUGCGUGGCCGAUCCGGACCUGGACCUAGAUAAUCCUCCAGAUAACAAGGAAAGUUGAUCCUGAUAACUGCUGGUUAUCUUGGGGUGGUAUUCCUCCCCACUGAUCUCAUGCAGCGUGUUCGUAUUUACUCUAUUGACUGGACUGUUUGCUGAGUACUGGCCCGAUUCCAGGUUAAAGGGCAUUUUAUCGAAAUUUCUCUACGACAGACACAACGUGCACGUUUCCUUCUUUAAUACCAUCGACAAGCAAUCUGUAUCUUUUUUUUUUUUUAAGGCUAGAAAGCUGGAUCCUUUAAGUGCCUGUAAAUGCAUCCAGAAUCGGCAAAACAUUACCACCUGAAAAAAGGAGUCACUGGUCACUUUCACAGGAAGUGUUUAGAGAGAGGAGUCGAUCCUGGAGGAACGCCAUGUCUUUGGAGAAGUGCAGACCUUCCUCCCUCAUUUUCCAAAUUAUUACUUUCCAGUUAGUGCUGUAAUUAUCACUCGUGGGUUUUUGGCACUGAUGCCUAAGGUGAGGAUCAGGCGUGAACUUCACCGAUGGAAGGUCAGGUUACCCACAGCCCACCGGGGCCAUUUUAUUUCGCUAGAUAGUUUACCCGACAGCUGAUAAUGUGAUUAACCACGAGCAGUGUGCUCGUGUUUUGGUGAUGGGGGGACUAUCCGGAGUGGGAGGGGUGGGGCAUGUUAUUUCUUUUAACUUUAUUAUUAUUUUUUUAUUAAAAUGGAUUUGAAAUGCAGCUGCACAUACAAACGUAGUCUGUCUGAGAGUGAAGCUCUCCUAUAUUAGGAACAGAUCUUAAUUGCUAUAUUAGCAUGGCUGCUUCAUUCACUGGUACAGAAUGUGCAGCCAUCUUUAAGCACAGGCGAUUGUGAGUAGGGGGAACCUGCAAUACACUUUCCUACCAGCUGAGGGCCUCCUAGGUCUUUAUGUCCUGUCGGGUUGCGAUCAGUUCAUCCUUAUUCUGGUUGUUGUGAUGUCCUCCAUGAACUGGAUUGUCUUUUUUUUUAAUGGGAAGAUUAUACGGUAAUGUGUUAUAGAAGAGCCAUUAUUUUUUUUGGUAUAUUUCAGUGUCCUGAGCCAUUAAAAGGGAGCAGACAGAUACCGUGACCAAGGGUUAUUAGUGCUGGUGACUGUCUGAUGAUAUUAAAGAUGCUACUCAGGUUAUUUUUAAAGCUGUUUUGCUACAGCCUGUUAUUUGUGGUUUGUUGUUGCUGUUUUUUAUGGUUGUUAUGCAUCUCAGUCCAAAGUAGGCGAUGCAGAUGAAUGAAAUCGGUGAAGAUUCUACUUUGGGCUGUUUGUCAUUCUGUUCUGUACCCGGUUUGUUUCUUCUUUGUAAAACUGAUUUAUGCUGAUGAAAGUAUAAUAAAGAAAUUCUGCUUUU